GCUGUGAGGACGUGUUCGAGGAAUCCUGAGCUGGCGCGACCGGCGAGAUGGAGCCGCUGUACCAGCAAACGCACAAGCAGAUCCAUGAGAUCCAGUCUCACAUGGGACGCCUGGAGACGGCAGACAAGCAGUCUCUGCACUUAGUAGAAAACGAAAUCCAAGCAAGCAUAGACCAGAUAUUCAGCUGUCUAGAACGUUUGGAGAUUUUGUCCAGCAAGGAGCCCCCUAACAAAAGGCAGAAUGCAAAACUUCGUGUCGACCAGUUAAAAUAUGAUGUCCAACACCUGCAAACUGCUCUGAGAAACUUCCAGCAUCGGCGCUAUGCAAGGGAACAACAAGAGAGACAGCGAGAGGAGCUUCUUUCUCGUACCUUCACCACUAAUGACUCUGACACCACCAUACCAAGGGAUGAAUCACUGCAGUUUAACUCCUCCCUCCAGAAAAUUCACCACGGCAUGGAUGACCUCAUUGGAGGAGGGCACAGUAUUCUGGAGGGACUGAGGGCCCAGAGACUGACCUUGAAGGGGACGCAGAAGAAGAUCCUUGACAUUGCCAACAUGCUGGGCUUGUCCAACACAGUGAUGCGGCUCAUUGAAAAGCGGGCUUUCCAGGACAAGUUCUUAAUGAUCGGUGGGAUGCUGCUCACGUGUGUGAUCAUGUUCCUCGUGGUACAGUACCUGACAUGAGCCAGCCAUGCCCAGCAACUGAACAGUGUUUCCACUGUGUGCAAGUGUGUGAGUGUGUGUGUGUGUGAAAGAAUGGGGGGGCUCAUGGGCCACCUUUUGAAAUGCGUGCCUGUCUUAACUCUGAAGACACUUAGGAGUAAUUGUGAUCUAAAUUCAAACAUGCCGUGUUUUCUGUGACAUCUUGGAGGGGGAGCUAGGGUCACCAAGAUGCAUGGUGCUUAGGAAAUGAAAGAAGUCCCUAUUCUGUCUUUCAUUGUCACUCUCACUCGAGAAAGGAAAGAAUGGCUUUGGUGGCUUUGUCCACACAGUUGAUGUGCACCCUGGGCAGGCUUCCCCAGCGAGCCUGUAUGCAGGACUCUUCACGCUGUUCACACUUUGUCAUCAUCUGGCCUUUCUGGCUCCUAACGGAUAGGCUGGAGCACAGGUAGAAAGGAGAAGAAAGAGGGCUUCUUUUCCUGCGCCCAUUAGAGCAGACUGACGUGCUCUUGCUCCUAGCCACCCCCCACCCCUAACAGCAUGUACAUGACUAACUGCUAACACUCAUCACUCUUCCCUGGAAGCAACUACCUAUGGGAAACAAGACGUUGAAGCUGUUGGUGAUAACAAGUAAGAUUU